AAAAGAUCCCUUUUCCCCAAGCUCCAAUCUGACCCAGCGGCGAACGCGGCUCUAGACCCAGAGUAGUCUACCACCGCCGUGCCGUACAGUUUCCGCCGUGCCGCAUCCUACGACACCGCCGACGCCUCACCAGCCACCCCCAACACUCCGCCUCUCACGCGCGUCACCGCCGUCGCCGUCCCCGUUCCACCUCAUCGCCCCCCCCCCCCCCACCCCCCCCCCCCCCCCCCCCCACCCCGUCCGCGAUCUUGGACGGCAUUGGUUCCUGAGUUAUUAUCAUGGCAGCAAUGAAUAGUGAUCUGGGUGGCUUAGGUCCUAGGCCUGCAAAUGCACCACCAAAUCCUUUUGAAAGUGCCAUGUAUGGUGCUGGACCUGGACUUAUCCGUACUGGACUUGGAGCAUAUGGAGAGAAAUUUCUUGGUUCGAGUUCUGAGUUCAUGCAGAGCAAUAUUACUCAAUAUUUGUCCGACCCUCAAUACUAUUUUCAAGUCAACAGCCAGUAUGUGAGGAACAAACUGAAGGUCGUCUUGUUCCCUUUCUUUCACAGGGGUCAUUGGACGAGAAUAACUGAACCUGUAGGAGGAAGGCUAUCCUACAAACCUCCAAUUCAGGAUAUCAAUGCCCCAGACCUGUACAUCCCUUUGAUGGCAUUUGGCACCUACAUUGUCAUUGCUGGAUACGCAUUGGGAGUUCUGGGAAGGUUUACCCCUGAGGCACUGACCCUACAGUUCACAAGAGGUCUAGUUGGCUGGUUUCUGCAAGUCGUCCUCAUCAAAGGUUUGCUGUACUCCCUGGGCAGUGGUGAAGCGCCAUUGCUAGACAUUGUGGCGUAUGCUGGGUAUGGAUUUGCUGGCACAUCUCUUGCGAUGCUGGCCCGCAUCUUCUGGAGCUACUUAUACUACUUCAUCAUGCCAUGGUUCUGUCUCUGCACUGGCGUGUUCCUCGUGAAGACCAUGAAGAGGGUUCUUCUGGGUGGACCAAGGAGUUACGAGCGGCAUCCGAGUCGAAACCACUACUUUCUGCUCUUCCUGGCGGUUGUUCAGUUCCCGAUGCUGUUUUGGCUCGGCAACAUCAGUGGUUGAUCUUCCCGUCUUAUCGUUGAGCUUGGUAACGUGAAUCGAACUUUAGGAGAAUGCUGUGCAGGAUACACUCGUGGUUAACUUCUCCUGGUGAACUUGGUAAUAGCUCACCUAAUUGCUUAAGACUCUUGUGAAGCUAGUAGAGAUGUCUGGAUAAACAGAUGAAAGCGCAUGUAACUACUGUUUCCGUUUUCUGCUGGAGGUGAGUGAACUAUGGUCACUUGGGAUAGGAUGGAGAUGAAUUGCUACGCGUGUGCAUUUUGGUUCCUACCGUACCGCCUCGGAUUAGUUUUUUUGUUUUUUUGGUCCCUCUUGUAUUCCUGGAACUGUUUCACUUGAAUGAUGAAGAUUACGUUCCUGUCUCCA